AUGGACCCUCCCCACAAUGAUCGGUUACUUAGAGCUGCGAAAGGAGAUCGAGUAGACCGGCCUCCCGUCUGGGUUAUGCGUCAGGCUGGGCGUUAUCUGCAAGAGUUUAAAAAUGUAAGAAAAAAGUAUAAUUUUUUUCACAUAUGCCAAACACCGGAGCUUGCUAGUAAGGUCACUCUCCAGCCCUUAAAGAGAUUCAAACUUGAUGCCGUUAUUAUAUUCAGCGACAUUCUAGUCAUUCCUCAGGCGCUAGGAAUGUCUGUGGAAAUGCUACCUGAAGUAGGGCCUUCCUUUCCAAGACCCUUAAAAAUACCUGGCGAUCUUGCGCUGCUUGAAUGUGAUGUCGACGUCGACGUCGCCCUUGGAUACGUCUAUGAAGCCAUAAGCCUGACCUGCCAAAAGCUCGAGGGGAGGGUUCCGUGCAUUGGCUUUUGCGGAGCUCCUUGGACUCUCAUGUGCUACAUGAUCGAAGGACGUGGGAGUCAAACCGUCUCUGGAGCAAAAAAGUGGCUUUAUGCCUACCCCAAAGAAAGCCAUAUUCUAUUGGACAUCUUAACAAACAUAUGCAUUAAAUUUUUAGUUGGCCAGGCGAGAGCAGGCGCCAGAUACCUGCAAGUGUUCGACACAUUAGCCCUUCACUUGGGCAGGGACCUGUUUGUGAAGUUCGCCUUUCCUUGUUUAAAGAAAAUCGCGGCCAAAGUAAAAGAUGAGUUGAAGCAACAGGAUCUCGACGUGCCCAUGUGCGUCUUUUCAAAGGGCACUCACCACUGCUUGGAGAUGUUUGAAGAUACUUCUUAUGACGUUGUUGGCUUGGACUGGACCGUCGAGCCUGCGUACGCCCUUCAGAAACUACCCACAAAGACACUACAGGGAAAUCUCGAUCCUGGCGCUCUUUAUAGUUCCAAGGAAGACAUUGAAGUUUUGGUUAAAGAGAUGGUAGCCAAGUUUGGGGGUGGUAAGAGCAAGUAUAUCGCUAAUCUCGGUCACGGCGUAUAUCCCGACUGCGAACCAGAAAACAUGAAGGCGUUUGUGGAUGCGAUCACGGCUAUUGUCUAAAUACUGAUUCUACCAACUAAUAAAUGUUCUGAUUAAA